GGGCGGCCCGGAGCUGCUGGCUGCCAGGGCGGAGGAUCGGCGACGGAGCCCCGCGGGGAGCCAUGGAGCUGCGGCGGACGGUCCAGCUCUGCCGCUUCCACUGGCUUCUGUUGCAGCGUCAAAAGAGGCCUCCGCUGCUCUCUCCCUCCCACUGUCGGCAACGCUCCGCCGCGCAGACGUCCAGCUCUCGUGGCCGGUGGGGCCUGCUGAAGACGGCUUUCUUGGGAUCAGUGCUGGGGCUGCCCCUGGCCACGGGGGUCUACUACAGCCUGGCAGAGAAGCAGGAACGGCGGAGAAUGAGGCUGCUGGUCGAGGGCACCGGGCGCUUCCUCAGGUCGCUGCAGCUGGGAUUCCAGAUCUCCUUGGAUUACUGGUGGACGCACCACGUCUCGCUGUGGGGCCUGGAUGAGAACAGCCCAGAGUACACGGCGGCCCUGUCAGGCUGCCACCAGCGGUCGGCCGACAGCAUCGUGUUCGGCGCCAUCCAGAACGGGGGGCUGUACAUCAAGCUGGGCCAAGGGCUGUGUGCCUUCAACCACCUCCUCCCGCCCGAGUAUGUGAACACCCUGCGCGUCCUGGAGGAUAGAGCACUGAAGCGCGGAUACACAGAGGUGGACGACCUCUUCCUAGAAGAUUUCAGUGCCAGGGCUGACCAGCUCUUCCUGGAGUUUGACUACCAGCCCAUUGCUGCUGCCAGCUUAGCCCAGGUGCACCGGGCCCGGCUUCACGAUGGCACCCCUGUGGCCGUGAAGGUCCAGUACAUUGACUUGAGGGACCGGUUUGACGGGGACAUCCGUACACUGGAGUUGCUGCUGCAGAUUGUAGAACUGAUGCAUCCCAGCUUUGGUUUCAGCUGGGUCUUGAAGGACCUGAAGGGGACGCUGGCCCAGGAACUUGACUUCGAGAACGAGGGGCGCAAUUCGGAGCGCUGCGCCCAGGAACUCAAGCACCUCAACUUCGUCACGGUUCCUCGUGUGCAUUGGGGCAAGAGCAGCAAGCGGGUCCUGACAGCCGAUUUCUACGAAGGCUGCAAAAUAAACGAUGUGGCCGGGAUCCGGAGGCAAGGCCUGGAGCCCAAGGAUGCGGCCCACAAGUUAAUUCGGACGUUUGCCGAGCAGAUCUUUCUCACGGGAUUCAUCCACGCCGACCCGCACCCGGGGAAUGUGCUGGUGCAAAAGGGCCUGGAUGGGAAGGUUCAGCUCGUCCUCCUUGAUCACGGCCUCUACGAUUUCCUCCACGAGACGGAAAGAGAAGCGCUGUGUAAGCUGUGGCGAGCGAUCAUCUUGCGCGACGACGCAACCAUGCAGGUGUGCUCCAAGCAGCUUGGCGUGAAAGCCCAAGAUUACUUCCUGUUUUGUGAGAUGCUGCUGCAGCGGCCGAUCGACAUGGCCGGGCUGACGCUGUCCAACGUGAUGACGCGGGAGGAGACGGCUUACAUGCAAGACAUGGCCAAGAACCGCUUCGACCACAUCAUGCAAGUGCUGAAGGACCUCCCCCGUUCCAUGCUGCUCGUCUUCCGCAACAUCAACACCGUCCGGGGCAUCAACGUGGCCUUGGGCACCCCGGUGGACCGCUACUACAUCAUGGCCAAAAGCGCUGUGAGAUGCUGGAGCCAUAUGGUCAGCCGGAAAUCUGGUGGCAUCAGCAACAUCUUCCUCUUCCGUUGGAUCCGUGCGGUCUGGAAUGGCUUUGUAUUUGAGCUUGCGCUCAGGGUCCAGGUAGCCUCCAUGAAGCUAACUACCUCUUUUCUACGCUUGCUGCUUUAUGCUGGUUUCCUACAAGCCAGUGAGGAACAGAAGCAGAUCUACGAUUACCUGCAGGCAUAAGCCCUGGUCCCGGUGGAGCGACCUGGAGCCAGCAGGAUCAGAGCUUUGCAGGGCGAGUGGCGGAACCCAGGCCCAGCCGGACUCAAAAGUACUGUGUGGUCUUCAUUUCCCUGAACUGGGGAAGAGCCUUCCUUUUUUGUAUGAAUAAAAGUCCGAGCGGGUACAUCAUCAGUGGAAGAGUCUGCUAGCAGCGGGGCUGCCUGUGUUCGACAUGCCCAGAAAAGGGCAUCUUAGAAGCUGAGCCAAUGAUCGCCACCUACUCCUGCUUCGUUGUUGUUGUUAUUAUUAUUAUUAGAAAAAGAUUUACAAAGAGCCUCCCUACGUUAUUUAAAAUGCAGUAAAAAAAAGAGGAAAAAUAUUGCAUCCCCCGAAGAAUAAUUCCCAAAGGCCUUCCUGCCCUCGUUCCAUACCAGUGAGGAAGACAGGAGCGAAUGCUGCUUCCAUUGAUCUAAGAAAAAUAACUGCAUUAUUAUCAGGAAACCCUUCUCAGCAGGAGAAGGGUGUCCUGAUAUGGGCGAAUCCUCCUCAUCUCUCUACAGCCAGGACCGUGUAAGAGAGGAAUUUCAGCCUUGCUGUGGGUAGAGGUAACCCCCUUGCUCCCAAUUCCACUCCUGUCUGUUCUGCAGUGGUGAGGAUUUUGGGGGGGGACACGUGGCGCCUUCCCAUUGGCUCUUCUGACAUAUGCCCCAGCCCUGAGGUCCCCAAUCAGGAUUCCUGUUCCCUGAAGAAGUAGAAAUGACAACCGCAGUGCCCUCAGGGCAAGGAUCCGGCCAGGCCAGCCUCCUGCUCCCCUGUGGCCGGCCAGAGGCCUCCAGCAAGCCCAACCUUUGCAUCGCUUUUGGCUAAUCGGCCUGGAAGGCUCCUGCACCCCUCUUUAAAAAAAAUAUGCGGCUUCCUAAUUCCCUUGAUAAGGAGCCUAAUUGCAGAGACAGGUUGAACGUUCCUCGUUCCUGUUGAGUCAGCGAUGUCAGUUGUUUAAGGAACACGGGUCCAGGUUCAAGGUGCUUCUUAAUUCGUAAGGUGCCUAUACCUCAGGUUCGACAGCUUUUCAGUGCCAUAACUUACUGUACCUUAUAACUGUCAUUUUGGGCAUCCAGACAUGUUUUUGUUGUAACCGGAGCCUGCCCUUCUGUCCGUUAUUAUAACACUGUCUUCUA